AUGGCAUACCAUCUUGGAUGGUUGAUCGUGGCUGCACUUGCGGCUUUCUCGACAGCUUCACCAGCUGAGGAGCAAGAAUGCCAAAGCACCAAGCUGGAAACCUACACUCGCAGCCUGUUGCAACGCAAGCUGACCGCGGGCAACGAGGUUGCGGCAGGUGGUUCAGCAAUGGUGACGGAAGCUAUGAGCGAGCUGGUAGACGUGACGAAACAAUUGAAAAAGGAGGUGGAACGACUUCAGGAAGGUUUGCAGCGAGAGCACAACGAAGUCGUGACAUUGCGCGAGACGCUCUCGUCGACGGGUCAGUCUGCAAAGCCAGGGACGGCAAGUGCUGCAAAAAACGCGGACAAGGGUGUCUUCGAGCUUUGCAAAGCCGGGAAUGUGCUGAACGAGGUAGCUUUUCAGGCCAACACGUCCCUCCACGAUGCCAAGACAAGCUGCAGUGCCGCGACAGAGGUUUCUUUGUUUUCGCCGACGGCUUCCUCGCCAUUUUUCGAGACAGAGUGCUGCCCUGUCGAGAAGGAGCACUGUGCUGGCUGUGCCAAGCAAAACUCCGGGAAGACAGCCUGCGAAAUCUGCAGCGGUGGCUUUACGAAGAGCUCCGGCAGAUGUGUGGCAUGUGUGGAUCUUCCUUCUUGGGUAAACAAGGCCGGACAGAACUGCCACGCUGCCAGCUGCUCUUCUGAGAAGUUCCAGGGCUUCUCUCCGAAUGAAGCCUGUUGCAAGUGUGGAGGAGGGCAGAAGGCAGCGACAAAGUUUGCCUACUACGUGGGUCCUAUGGCUGUCGGGGCUACAUCAGUCGUUGGCCAUCCAGUGCCACGCACGGCGAGCCACUAUUCUGUGGACAAGGAUUGCGAGCUGGCGAAGUAUGGCUUGUCAAUCCAUCCCACCACGGGCGCAUUGCAGUUGGACGGCUGUAGCGCUGUCGGCUGCGGUGCCGCAACUGUGGAAGUGAAGUGCACUGUCACUGCCGAGAAGGACGGGCUGAUGGCAGCAGCCCCCAUUGAGGUCUUGGCUGGAGAUAUCGGCUAUGGCGGUGGCCCUGUGGUUCUUCGCGGCACAACAACGAGCCUGGCACCUGUUUUGAGUCCCAAUUCGGGCUCGGGCACCUUCUCCCAGUUUUCCUGUGUUCCUUCGGCGAGCUGGCUGAACCUCGACUCCAGCACCGGCAGGCUAUCUUUGAAAUCCGGCAAUGCAGUCGACGGCGGUGUGACAGACUCCAAGGGCGCGAAGCUGGGACAAGGUGGAGUCUGCACUGUGCAAAAGGGCACAGCGAAGGGUUCAGUGGUGGUCAUUGCGCCGGAUGCGUGGACAUCGAUGAGCUACAGCUACAGCACUUCGGUCCUUUAUGCCACGGUUGGAGAGAGAUCACCGAUUCUGUCGCCGACCGGUAGCAGCGGAUUGAUACCUACCCGGUUCUCUGCUGACUGCUCGGGAUCGAGCUUCGGUUUCGACGUGCUGAGCGGCAUCGCCACAUGGGAGGGCCACCAGAUUUUCUCGCUGGAUAUCUUCACCGGAGACCUCCAGCUAAAUCCUGAGGAGUCCCUGACGAAGUCCUUGGACUCUUCGUCCGCCGCUUCAGUGCGCCGAGCAAUUUCAACUUCGUGCACAAUUUUCGGGCAUUACGAGUGGGCUCCGGCGAGUCCGGGUCCAGUCGUGACGCACCGGCUCUCCAUGGAGUUCCGGGACCACACAUGCUGGGCUUCCAGGACGUUGGACUUCGCCCGCCGCGCAGACAAGGGCGCCAAGUCGUCCAGCGACUGUCGAACGCAAUGCCGCAGUGAGCCGUACUGCAGCUACUAUCAGUCGGCAAACGGAAGAUGCUACUUCUACAGCGCAUUGUGCACCGAUUCCGGGGACUUUGGCUGCUCCUACAAAGACGUGCCCGUGAUUGAGCGGUACCCCGGCUGUGGCGAGCGACACGGCUGCUUGCAGCUGGAGUUGCCAGGACGUCACUACAUCUCCGGAAGGUACUGCCCGGGCGGUGAGAAUGCGGGAAGUGCUGCGCAGGGGCCGGUGUUCUUCAAGAAAGGCCUGACCAAGGAGGAGAGCUUUUGGCUGAUGCGAUACGACACGUCACGUGGUGGAUGUUCCAGCGGUGACUGGGUGAUCUACGGACCAAAACCGCUCGAGGAUUAUGAGAACUCGACCAUGGCCUAUGUGGAGCUCCACGGGGAUGCGAUUGCCUGUGUAAGGGGCAGCAGCAACGAUCUCGUGUCUGACGUCUUCACUCAGACAAAGGUCGAUUUGACAGUCGGGAUACUGACUGUCUCCGGAGCCAGUGCCACGGUGUCGGCUCCGGGCUGUGUGUCGCCCAACGUCACUGCGGUGGAUAGCGGUGGGGAGCAACCUGUGGAAGCUUUGGUGCUGGAUGAUCCCUCGACUACCACUGCAGACGACCACUGGCUUCACCCCUGCGAGUGUGUGCCUGCCAAGUGGGGAUCUCUGCCUCCAGCCUCCGGUCAGAGCGUGUCCGAUAUUCCAGCCGGCAGUAAUAACGAGUUCAUGCCGUCCCCAUCACUGAUUGUGGAUGGACAAUUCGUCUGUUCGCAAGAGCAUCUGACCGCUGUUAUCGUCGAGAGCGAGACCGAUGGUUUGGACGAUGCCAACUGCAAGACGCGCUGCGUGGCCCAGGAGUGCCCCUACUACUGGGAAGGCGAGGUCAUGUCGACAAAGCAAUGUCGCAUCUACAGCCGAUGUGACGAGCUGGUUCGCGAGGUCGGUGUGGUCGGGAAUCUGUUCGGCAUGUCCUACCGGAAAUCCUGCAAGGUGGCCGACCCGCAGUUGUGCUGGAAAGUCACGAAGCGUCGUUCAUUUCUUGGAGCCGGUGCAGACUCCUACCAGUGUUUUCACCAGGACCUUGUGGAGCAGUGUGACCAGAAGCUGAUGCUGGGGGGUCUUGGCGUCACCGCAUGUGGUGGCUGUGAAUAUGCUCCGGUGAAAGGUAAACAGAUCUUUGCCAACAAUGGCAACUGCGUGACCGCGGAUGGCAAUGACAACCUGAAGGUUGCCGCCUGCAACAACGGAGACAACCAAAAGUGGUAUUUCGAUGGUGAAACACUGAAGCCCGAGCACAAGGACGGAACCUGGUGCGUGGACAUGGGAUCAAGCUCGAACGUGUAUCUUCACCCUUGCCACGGAGGGGACAACCAAAAGUGGUACCUCCACAAAGGGCAUCAUUUGAGGAGCCGAGAUGGAGACGGCUGUAUGGACUACUUCAUUGGGGGCUCGAAGAAUAUGUAUGUGGGCAAUUGUCCCUGGAGCAACCUCCUGGCUUGGACCUGGCGACAAACAGUGCAUGGCGGGCAGUACAUAAAGUCUGACUACCAGUACAAGUGCCUCAUCCACAACCCUGUCAACCACAACGUGUACAUGAGCUACUGCACUCCAGAUUAUUCACACCGCUGGUACUGGGAUGGCGAGCGGCUCAAGUCCGAGCUCAGUACCUCGAAGUGUUUGGACAAGAAUGGAGACAACAACCUCUAUAUGCACACAUGCCACAGCGGCGUCAGCCAGAGGUGGUACUUCGAUGGCAAGCUUCUGAAAUCCAGGGAAGAUGGGCGCUGCGUGGAUUUUUCCCCUGCAGUCGGCAACAACGCUGUAGUCGCAAACUGCCCGGACAGCCCCUACAAGCUGUGGAGCUGGGGCCCAGAAGUCCCCAAGCCCAUACCGGCGGCAGAGCUCACGACCAUGUGGGAUCACAAGUGCCUGGACAUAGACUCGAACGGCGACAAGGAUAUCUACAUGCACAACUGCCACUCCGGGAACAACCAGAAGUGGUACUUUGAGGGCAAGUCGCUCAAGAAUGUCGCGGACAGCACUCUCUGCGCUGACGAGCCCGCCGACGGCUCACUCUACGGGCACACGUGCCACGGGUACGACAACCAGCAGUUCUACAUGGACCAGCACGAGAUCAAGAACGAGAAGUGGGGCGAUGCUAAGUGUGCGGACUAUAGUUAUUCGAACGACGAUGUCUACAUGUUCAGCUGCCAUGGUGGUGCCAACCAGCGGUUCAACUUCAAGGUCCCCAUGCUGCUGAAGGAUCGUAUGUACGGUGAGUGUCUGGAGAUGGGGACCGACAAGGCGAGCCUUACGAUGACUGCCUGCGUGGCGGGCAACGACAGGCAACUCUUCUUCUUUGACGGACCACAGUUGAAGUCACAGCACGACAACGGUCGAUGCCUGGAGAAAAUGGGUGGCGAUGCAUUGAAGAUGUGGCCAUGCCACGACACCUACAAUGGCCAGAAAUGGACCUGGGACGGUGAACGGUUGAAGGUGGAGUCCGAUGGAGAAUGCAUAGAUGUGCCUGGGAGCCGGGCAGUCUACACACACACAUGCCACGGUGGAGAUAACCAAAAGUUUUACUUCGAAGCGCCGGUGGAGAUCGGACGGACGAUCCGUAGCGAUGGCAAGUGCCUGCAGAUCGGCAGCAACAGACAAGCGUACUGGUCCACUUGCACCGAGGCGGCGAACCAGCGCUUCUACUUCGAUGGGGAAGCGAUCAAGUCCGAGUACAUCGAUGGGUGCCUGGACUCGUGGCAAAACAGGGUGCGGGUUCACAACAAUUGCAACGGGCAUUCAAAUCAAAAAUGGUACUGGUCCGGCGGUCAUCUCAAAAGCAAAUGGCAGGACGAUUGCUUGGAUGUGCAGCCCAGCAACAACACGGCCUUCAUGGGAAGCUGUCCGGACUCGGAUACUGUGAAGCUCUCCUUCCACAACCUGCUCCAGAACAGCGUGCAGCUCACAGUUGGAAACGGGCGCUGCUUGAGCAGAACAGACAGUGGCAGUACCGUGGAAGCUGUUGGGUGCGCCGCAGAGCUGCAGCAGAUGUGGUAUUUCAGUGGCGAGAACCUAAAGACAGAGUUCGACCACAAGUGCAUGGACCUGAAUGGGGGGAGUGGCAACAUACAUAUGUCGAACUGCCACUCUAACAACGACCAGAAGUUUUAUUUCGACGGCGACAACUUGCGCGACCGUCACUUCAACCGAUGCCUGGAGUAUGAAGUGCAAAGCGGCAACGUCUUCAGCGGCACCUGCCCGGAUCAAACCAACCACCAGUGGCAGUUUGCAUCGCAACUGGCUUUGAAGAAGACGCCUCUGCCCUCUUCGUUCGUCCAUGGACAAAGCCUCGAAGCCAAAUGCUGGUCUGAACGGUUUACAGCCGGAACGCUGAACGCUGCGCACUCCAGAACCAUGUCCUGCGUGGCAGGGGCUUGGAUCAACUCCUGGAACUCCCCAGGCCUCGACGGCUUCACCUGCAGCGCUUGCGUGCAGGUAGUCUCCAAAGUGUACGCAGACCUCGAUUCUCAGAUUCGGCAGGAGCUCUUCUUUGCUAGCGGCAUGAAGCUGGCGCUCUCCGUGGACACCCGCACACCACGAACGGUGACUGCUUCGGGCAGUCUGCAGGAAGGCGGCACGGCUGACGUCUUCGUGGCUGAGCUAAUGCCGAGCGCUGCCGAAACCACGCGACGUUACAGGUCCUUGUCCGAAGAAGGCAAGUGCCUGAAAGCCUUGAGUCUGCAGCUGUCGUCCGCAGACUGUGCUCUGGAGGCUGAGGCGGACGAGAUGCUCGAGGCAGGGGAGCUGGGCUCCCUCCUCUGGGACGAGUUCCAAUCUAGUGCCGACGUGCCUGCAGCUUCUGGAGCAGGCCUCUACAAUCGCGGCACGGCCCCGACGACUCUGCGGAGUUUCAAUGUAGACAAGGAUUGCUCGCCACAUGUCAUGUCAUCUGUACAGCUCAGCCACAACAGUCUGCUGGGAAUGUCUGCAAGCUGCACUGCGGCCAGCACAUACGGUGAUGCGGUCCCUCAUACCAUUACCGUGCUUGGCACCGUCCAGAUCACUAGUGUGAGCGAAGGAACUUGCAUGAGUAUCAAUGAAAUUAUUCCUUGGAAGCUCGUUAUUGCGGAAGACAGCCGGUGCAUGGACUACCACACGGAUGGAUCGAACAAUGUCUACAUACAUAAUUGCCACGGAGGAAGCAACCAGCAAUGGUACAUGCUGGAUGGCAACAUUCUAUCAAUGCUGGACAACAAGUGCUUGGACGCCCACACAAGCACGGACAACGUCUACAUGCACGAAUGCCACGAUGGUGCAAACCAGAAGUGGUAUUUCGACGCAGAUACAGGAGCCAUUCGAAGCGAAUAUGACCACCGUUGCCUGGACAGGGCCAGCACCGACAACCUUUACAUGCACGAUUGCCACGGCAACACCAACCAGCAGUUCGCCCGUCAGGAGGUAUCCUCAGAAGCCUUCAUCACGGCUCUUCACCUUGACUGCAUCGAAGAUGUGGGACAGCAAAUCGCGGUCGAGCCGGAUGGGAGCAAUGCUAGGUUUCGUUUGAGGGCCGGCGCCCACACGCUCGCGUAUUUCACAUAUGACGCCGAUACCCAGAAGAUAAAAAGCAUCGCCAACAAGUGCCUGGAAGCACGUGGCCGUGGACGUGUCGACGAAGUGGACUGCACACAGCGUAUCGAGCAAGACUGGACCAUUUCUCAUGGACUGCCUGGACUUGUCGAUGCACCAAUAACUUGUCCUGGCGACCAAGUCAUCAGCCACUUGAAGAAGACCCAGUGGCAGGUGGAGUACAAGUGCAGCCACGUCUCGUCUUUGGGAAUGUGUUCCCCGCACUACUCCACGCAAGUUGAGACCAAGACGCACGAGCUUGAGACCAUCAAGGCCUUGCGCGAGCUCGGCGCCUUCUGCCCACCCGGUGAGGGUCUGAAGACUUUGGAGACCGAGGCUUCGGACAAAGGUGCUUGGAUCCGUUUCAAGUACGAAUGCUGUCAGAUCAGCCGCGUGCCGGUGUCCAUUUACCCUCUGAUGAUUGCCGAUGAUAAGCGGGACUUCGACACGGACAUGGCAGAAGCCUGGGAAGGCGUUUACUGCCCGAGUGGCAGCGACGACAGUGGCCGGUUGGAUUUCGCACAGCGGAGGAGUUUCAAGCCAGGGCAAACUGCGUCGGGCUCUUUGACUUACGACAAGAACCUCGGCAACUGGUGUGUAUCUGGCAAGGGCUGCGCCCUGUCGGAUGUUGUGCAUCCCUUGGACACUCAAUUGCACACCGACGAUUGGUAUGUGGUGCCCGUCAGCGACUUCGAUGCCAUCUUCGAGGCUCGCGGCGCAAAGCAGGUGUCGACAACGAAGCGCAAACCCCCUCCGCUUAUCAAGUUCGGCGCCUCCGACCCGGAGUAUUUGCCAGAAUGCAAGGACGAGUCGAUUCCCGGGUCGCGCAAGUUCACACUGGCCAAGAUGAACGCCGAGGCCCAAAACCUGGACGACGAGAAUCCAUGCAAGUAUGUUUAUGGCGUGGCUCCGACCAACUCCGACAUGGAAAACGCGGACGGCUUGACCGGCUGGAUCGAUGAUCUGGUCGAGAACGUUGGACCGGGUCAAGGAGGCGUGACCUACAAGUCGGUGAAAGAAUGCGCAGACCGCGACGACAUUCGGGCGCUUCAGAUGGCCAAGUGGAGCCAGUCUCACAACUACCACAGCAUCGGCUUCGGCUUCGUGAAGGACUUGUUCGACGCCUAUGCAGAUGGCAUGCCCGAAGUUGAGUCUGCGCCACUGGGCGCCGGAUUCGAGUUUCAGCCUGGCUCGGUCAUGGCCGCCUACGGUGCCUUCUACUACGGCGUGAUUCAGAUGGCCGAAGACAUUAAGCUGCAGCAGAAUGAGAUGCACUUCGAGGAGGCCGGAUAUGGUGAUUGCAAUCCUCUUCAGCACGGCUUCGCCCGGGCCUUUUGUGACCUGCACUGCAUCCGCGAUGCUGUGAGAAAGGGCGAUGACGCCAUCCUAAGAGCGGUGGAAGAAGCGGUUGAAAUCAUCGGCAAGAACACGCAGAUCCUCCUUGAGCACUAUGUUGGGAGCGAGUCUGGAUCACUGGUCCAGGAGGGCACUGAGAUCCGCCACGGCCUGGCAGCUCAGCUCGCAGAGCUCAGGGCCACGGCCCAGGAGGCCGCCCUGCAGCCGCGCGCCUCCCAGGCCGCUGAGCGCGCCGUGAGGAGCUUCUCCGGGCGCUGGCGACGCGUCGAAGGUGCUGCGAACGCUUCGGAGAGCUUGGCCUCGCUGCGCGCCAUGGCCGAGGACGCGUCGGAGCUCCACUCGACCGUAAUGCUGGUGAAAGGCCAGAGGCUCUCCCACGUUGAGGAGGUUCAGCGGAAUGCCCUGGAAACGGCGUCUCGAACGAACGACUUCCUCAAGGCGAAAGUUCAUGACCUUGGCCUGUACCACCAGACGGCCAAACGGAGCAAGAUGGUGCAACGCUGGUUCAAGCAGCACUGGCAGAACAAGUUUUCAAUGCUGGAUGAGUUUCAGGAGCUGAGCAUUGCCCAAGCUAUGCAGACCUUUGACACCUCUUGGUGGGAGAUCCGUCGGAAGCUGGACGCGUACCUUGAUGCGGCGACCGAGCAAGCACGCGCCAUGAGCUCUGCCGUGGACGCCCUAAGAGGAUACACUGGGAAAUGCCAGACAAGCUUCGAGCAGCUAAAGAACUCCUACGCUGCGUCGGUGCGGGCAGAGAAGAAGGCCCAUGCUGUGCUAAAGAAGACGUGGUCCGACGUGGUUUUCCAGGCAGGGCUGAUGGCAUCAAAGAUUACUGAUGCCGGAUUGCUGGAUCGGCUUGCGCUGGCAGACAUCAAGGCAUCCAAGCAGCCCGCCGUGGACAAGGCGCAGCUGGCCGGGUUUUGCAGCGGCAGCGAUGCUGCAGCCUUCAAGCUCAUGCACGCCCACCUGGCUGAGGUGACUGGACAGGGGCUCCUGGGCCAGACGCAGCGGCAGAUUGGGAUUCUUUUCCUGGAGAUGGCCAUGCUCCGGCACCGUUUCCAGACCGGAGGUCUUGGCGAGGCCCCCAACGCGGAGGAAGCCGUGGAGGCCCAGGACCGCUUGGGCCGUGCCCUGGAAGACGCCCGGUCCGGCGCCAACCACUUGGCUGCAGACGUUGUGCACCAUUGGCGAAGCCACCUCUGUGAACGCUGA